UUGUACGUUGUGUGUGUUUUGAGUUUGACCACAGAGAGCCAGCGGGCAGGCUGAUUUUUACAAAAGCGAAAGGGAAUAAUGACUUGGGACACUGAAUAGCAAAUAGAUAUUUCUCGAGGCCUUUUCACUUGGAGGAUUUAAAACAAACUGGUGUGCUCGUGGUAAAGCCAUGGAACCAUCGCUGACCGGCAACCCAGCCACCCCAAAACCCAGCCCCUCAUCUCCCUCCACCCUGAGGCCAGGCCUUUCCUCCUCCAGCUCACCUUCAACCACGACCGCACCAACCUCAGACGGAUCUAAGCCUAAACUCACCAUGCCAACACCUCACACUACACCCUCAUCUUCUCCCUCCACCGCCUCCCCUCGGACUUCUCCUGGUCUUUCCUCCCGUUCUUCCUCCCUGUCCACACCGCCUGCCUCCCCUCUCCGCCAGCCCAUCAGGAGCCCCUCUCAGGUGGGCAGAUCUCAGCUUAAUGCAGCCUCUCCAGGAUAUCCCCCGACCAGAUCCACCGCUGCCGCCGUGGCUCCACAGCCUCCUCCCACAGCUGAACCAGAAGAGCCAGAUGAGGAAGUCAGUCUUGAGGUUUUGGAGGAGAGAGCAAAGUCGGGAGAUGCAAAAGCACAGACCAAGAUGGGCCGCUACUUCCUGGCUGUGGCAGAAGAAAGAGAUGAGGAGCUGAACAACUGCACAGCGGUCACGUGGCUAGUCCAGGCUGCUAAACAAGGACGCAAGGACGCCGUCAAACUGCUGCAGCAGUGCUUAGCAUCCAGGAAAGGCAUCACUCUGGAGAACUUUGAGGAGGUGAAGAAGUUGUGUACAGAGACACUCUUUGAGAGAGGAGUCAGGAAAGCAGCUCUGCUAAUGUACUGGAAGUUGAACCCGGAGAGGAAGAAGUCGGUGGCUGUUUCUGAGAUGUUAGAGAACGUUGAACACGUCCACACAGAGCCGGGCAAACCCGUGUCUCCGGGCCCACUAAACAGCUCUGCCAAGAAACAGAGGAGAGUCCUGGAGACGAUGGUCAGCAGUGACGCCAGGUGCCAUGUGGAUCUUGAUGACUUUGUUGAGAUGACUAAGAAGUACGCUCAGGGUGUUACACCUUCACCCGUCAUGGAUGCAACAGGAGGUGACGAUGAUGAUGAUGAUGUAGUAGUGAAGAAUCCAGAUGAACUGCCCUUACACCUAAAGCUGCUGAAGUUCCCUCUGUUCGCUUUGCUGGAGAUCAAGGAGCACCUCAUCGACUGGGCGUCACGGGCCGGCAUGCAGUGGCUCAGCACUCUGAUACCCACGCACCACGUCAACGCACUCAUCUUCUUCUUUAUUAUCUCCAACCUCACCAUCGAGUUCUUCAUCUUCAUCAUCCCUCUGCUGAUUUUCUACCUCUCAUUGUUCUCCAUGGUCAUCUGCACGCUGCGGGUAUUUCAGAAUUCUAAAGCAUGGGAAAACUUUCGGGCCCUGACCGACCUGCUGAGUCACUUUGAGCCCGGUCUGGAUCUGGAGCAGGCUGAGACCAACUUUGGAUGGACUCACUUGGAGCCUUAUCUGUACUUCCUGCUCUCCGUGAUCUUCGUGGUUUUCUCUUUCCCUGUUGCUGAUAAAUCCUGGAUCCCCUGCUCAGAGUUGGCUGCUGUCGCUCUCUUCUUCACCUUCACCGCCUUCCUCAGCCUUCACGCCUCUGCUCAGCUCUUCGCUCGCAAAGCCCUCUUCACAGAGGUCCUCUCCGGAGCAUGCUCCCUCACUCACUUCCUGCCAGACUCACUCCCAUGGUUCCUCAGGGUCUUUGGGAUGACGUUCGUCACUGUGCCUCUAGGGGACAUAGUGGUGUUGAACCUGGGGCUGCCAUGUCUGCUAUAUGGACACCUUUUCUAUCUGCUAUUCCGUAUGGCCCAGAUGAGAGGCUUCAAGGGCACCUACCUGUGCCUGGUGCCCUACCUGGUUUGCUUCACCUGGUGUGAGCUCAGCUUAGUGUUCCUUAAUAACGCCACUGCAAUAGGACUCAUCCGCACCUGCGUUGGCUACUUCCUCUUCCUGUUCGCCCUUCCUAUUCUCUCACUGGGCAUGGCUGCGAUGCUCAUCAUCCAGUUACUGCAGUGGUUUCUCGCCCUCGAGGUGACCAAGAUGGUGGUCACCUUGACAAUUUGCUUCGUGCCAGUAGUGUUGAGGCUUUGGACUCGCUUUAGCCUUAACCCCAUUGUGGUUUUUCGGUCUUUAUCGCGGAGCAGCGUCGUGAAGCUCAUCCUGGUGUGGCUCAGUGCGGUGGUGCUCUUCUGCUGGAUGUACGUCUACAGGUCUGAAGGCAUGAAGGUGUAUAACUCCACACUGACGUGGCCUGAGUACAGCAGCCUCUGCGGCCCUAUGGCCUGGAAAGAGGCCAACAUGGCCCAGACUCAGAUCCUGUGCUCUCAUCUCGAAGGACACCGCGUGACCUGGACUGGACGCUUCAAAUACGUCCGUGUGACCGACAUUGAGAAUGGGCCGCAGUCAGUUGUCAACUUCCUGCCUGUAGUUGUGGGGAACUGGAUGCGUUGCCUGUAUGGCGACCCAUAUCCUUUGUGUGAGGAGGUGAAAAACGUCACCGCUGAGCCCCAGCCUCUGCCUGCCCCAGCUCCUCCUCCAGAAGAUCCCCUCUGUAAACUUAAAAAACUGGCAAAGCACGAAUGUCACAUCAAGCGCUUUGAUCGAUACAAAUUUGAAGUUACAAUGGGCAUGCCUCUGGAGAGGAAGACCAAGAAUGGGACGAUCAUAGAGGACGAAGAUGCGACUAAGGACAUAGUUCUGCGGGCUAGUAAUGAGUUCCAAUCUAUGCUUUUGUUCUUAAACACAGGAAGCCUGGUGGAGUUCAGCACCAUUCUUGAGGGUCGUUUAGGCUCCAAAUGGCCCGUGUUUGAACUGAAAGCAAUUCACUGCAUGUCGUGCAGCAAUGCCCACCUGCCCAGUCGCAGGCAGUACAAGAUUGAACAUGACUGGAGGCGCACGGCUCAGAAUGCCCUGCAGUUUGGUUUUGACUUCUUUUUCAACCCCUUCCUGACCGCUACGCUCGAGCAACACUUGGAAACAGAGACUGAGACAACGAUUGCGACACAGGAGGGGGGGUAGAGAUCUGGCAACAGCACCUCUGGGGGAAAUAAAAUGUAUGAUAAUGAUAAUACAUUGUUGAAGAACAUUAAUAAUUGCUCAACACUCUUAACAUGUAAUCAGACAUGUGUGGUAUCAGUCCUGUUGUAAAUCUGAUCUUGAGCGAGUGUAUGUUUGCAUUCUUAUAGCUUUUGAGCCAAAAUAUGUGAGAACACAUAAUAUAAUGAAAUUAAAUAUAUAACGGGGAGAAUAAGUAAUUUACUGCUUAAGACUUAAGUUAGAAAACAAAAUCUAAACCUCGUCAGUUGUGAAAAUCUUUGUUGUGAAAAUUUAAUUGGAUGAAAUAUCCAAUUAAUUUUCUGUGAAUUAAGUCAUUUAGAUUUCUGUUGUACAAAACACUACGUGUGUGCAACCGUUUUUAUGUAUGGAUUAUCAAAAAUGUGUUGCCAAAAUCAUCAGUAUUUACAGCUUCCUUGUUGAACUGUACUCUCAUUGUUGUGUCUGUAGCGUACACGUUGUAGAAGAAAACAUACAUUUUUCUACACAACAGUUGUAAUGCUGGUGAUAACUUGUAAGGGUUUCCUUUGCUGUCAAGCUUUAACUAUAUUAGACCGUAUAUGUGCAGUAUGUUAUUGUAUUGGGAAAUUAUUUUUAAGUGCCUUAUAGGACAUAGUCUCAAUUCAAAAAAUAAUUUGGAAGAGAAUAGACUGAGUCAUGUCUUUAAUCCUUUAGAACAACUCGGCUGCAUCUGCGCUUGUAUUUAUUACAGAGCAGUUAUCUCUGCCUUCUUCUUCUUCUCCUCCCUUGUUUGUCUUCAUCUCUGCUGUGCAGAGAUUUAAUAUGUAGAACAUUUGCAAUCCCUGAGUGAUGUGUUUUAAGUUAGGAAGUCACUACUGUUUUCUUCACUGUGACCAUAAACACAAUGAAAACA